CUUUAUUUCUUUAUAGUCUACGUUGCAACUCGGAUAAAUAAAAUAUUGCACGAUCAUUGUACCUCUUCUUCCCAGAAAAUAAGCAAGUAAAUUUUAUUACAAGUGUUUGAUUUUAUUUUAUUUUUUAAUGUAUUUCAGUUACCAACAAACAUGAAAAUCAGAAGAAGAAAUUUUCGUUUAUUCUUGAUAACAGCAAUGCAAAAUUGAUGGAAGACAAAAAGGCAAAUUUGAUUGCAUUUUCCAUUGUAAUUUUGCUCGUAAUUGUCAUUAUCAUUGCUCGUUUAUUCUUGAAACUUUCCAAGACAUUUUUCCUUGUAUGUGGAGCUGAUAUAGCAGCAAUUCUAGCAGUUUUUGCAGUUAUAGUAAUCCGGUUUCGUUUUACCGCUCGACGAAAACAACUCGAACGGCAGUUCGAUUCGGAAGGCCGGGAGCUUCGAAUCGAGUACAGUUUUCUGAGGAAAGUUGCCGGAGUUCCGAUAAAGUUCCGGUAUCGGGACUUGGAAGUAGCGACGGAUGGCUUUCGAUCUAUGGUAGGACGUGGGGCGUCGGCUUCAGUCUUUAAAGGGAUACUCAAUGAUGGGACGGCAGUUGCAGUAAAAAGGAUCGAAGGAGAGGAGAGAGGGGAGAAGGAAUUCAAAUCAGAAGUUGCAGCUAUUGCUAGCGUGCAACACGUAAACCUCGUUCGCCUUCUUGGGUAUUGUGUCCCGUCGGGCGGUCCUCGUUUCCUUGUUUACGACUUCAUUCAUAAUGGCUCGUUAGAUAAUUGGAUUUUCCCCAAGGAGGCAAGUUGUGGUCGACGUAGUGGUUGUCUGACAUGGGAUUCAAGAUGUAUAGUUGCUCUUAAUGUAGCGAAAGCCCUUUCUUAUUUGCACCACGAUUGUCGAUCUUGUAUACUACAUCUAGAUGUGAAGCCGGAAAACAUACUUCUCGACCAUGAUUAUCACGCGCUCGUGUCAGAUUUCGGGCUUGCGAAGCUAAAAGGAAGAGAUGAGAGUCGAGUUGUGACGACGAUCCGUGGGACCAGAGGUUACUUGGCUCCUGAAUGGCUCUUGGAGAAUGGAGUUUCUGAGAAAUGUGAUGUCUACAGCUAUGGAAUGGUGUUGUUAGAGAUUAUCGGUGGACGAAGAAACGUCCGUGUACUCGAAAAUGGCAACGCUAAGUCGAAAAAAAAGUUUCAAUACUUCCCAAAGACUGUGAAUGAGAAAUUGAAAGAUGGGAAACUUAUGGAAAUUGUUGAUCCAAGGUUGGUUGAAGAUGGAGGGGUUAAUGAGAGGCAAUUAAAGAGACUGGUCUGUGCAGCUUUGUGGUGCAUACAAGAGAAGGCCAAGCUUAGGCCAAGCAUGGCUAUGGUUGUGGAAAUGCUCGAGGGGCGUGUACUGGUCGAAGACCCACCCGACACUCAAAUGCUUAUUGUUGAUUUGUUAUCAGUUGAUGAAGAGGCAGCUGAUCCUGGUUGUGCUCCCAAGCCUAGAUUUGGUCUAGUGAAAAAUUACCAAAUGAAUAGUGAUAUUCCUUCCACAUCGAGUUACUCGGUUACAAUGUCAAUACUCUCAGGCCGGUAGGUUCUCAAAUUAAGAUCAGAGGGGAAAGGUAUAUUAUGCUUCUCUACUCUCAACUAAAUGAAAUAUAAGGUUUUGCAUUGGACAAUAAUCUUCUUUUGGUCAUCAAAUUAUAAGAACAGAGAUUUCAAUUGA